AUGGCUGCCGCCUCACUGUUAGAUACCGUGCCACCGCCUGCCGCAUUUGACGCGUCGGCCAACGCGUUAAACUCAUCAACUUCUUCCCAACCACAGUCCAUUGCUGAGCUUCGGAACGGAAAAGUCGUCUUCAGACAGAAACCACUCGCUCAUAUACUGAUAUUCGCUCCAGAAAUCGUCAAAUUCCGUGAGUUAUUGGAGGACCGCGUCGCCAGGAAGGCAGAGGGUCUCACCACUAUCCCCGAUGAGCACAAGCCCGUCAUUGCUAAGUUUGUGCAUGACAGCGACAAGACUCUGUCGGCCCUCUGCAAACAUCUCCUACAAGAACUAGUUCCAGCGCAAGACGAAGAUGGAGUUGCAGCAACAACCCCGCCUCUAACCACUGCUGUCCUGGAGCCCACUAUCAAAUCCAUUGCCAGUCGAAACAACUAUGGCCUCGACGGGCUGCCUGGUGUAAAAGCACCUGCAGCAGUGUGCGUUUGGCGAUGGGAGGUACGACCGUGCCACCUUGAAUGGUUGCCGAAGAAUUCUCGCGAGAAAGCGGAAGCACGGAUUGCUGAACGGGUACAGGCGAAACUGGAUCUCAGGAGACAAUUUGAUGCGCUAUCGAAACCUGAACAAGAUAGCAUUCUUGACCCUAAAGGUAUAUCGACGACCAUAGACCUCACUGGGAACUCCCCUGCUCCGAAGGCCAAAGACAACGAGGAGAAUGAUUCGGGCAAUAAUGCAGGGAAGGUUGGACGGCCCAAGAAGCAACCCGACCCGGAAAAGCUCGCAAAGGAAAAGGAAAAACAAGAGAAGAAAGCGGCGAAGGCAGAACGCGAGCAAAAGGAAAAGGAGGCCCAAAACAAAUCCCGAAAUUUGAUGAAGAGUUUUUUCAAGACUUCUACAACGUCGAAAGCUGUCCCAACGAAGACCAGCGCAGAUGAGCAAUCAGUCGACGAAGUGUCGCAGUAUCAAAAGACCUUCAAGCCAUUCGUCCUGAAGAAGGAUACGCACCUGGCACCAGUGAACUGGUUUGCGAACGACCCUCAACCACUGAGAUAUGAUGGAGAUGUCAUUGUUGUGGACGAUGAAGAAAAACCCUUCGAUUUGUGUCAUCAGACCACAAAAGAACGUCUGCAAUCAGUCAUCGACCAACUUGGUCCAUGUCAACGCCGAACCCGCAUAUCCAUUUCAUCGAAUGCACCUUUGAAAACUGCCUAUGGGGUGUCUGUGCGGGACCUUGUUGCCCAACUUAAUGAGGCAGAAAUUGCUGGUGACAUCGCGCUUGUGCGAUCUCUCGCCUCCAAGCUUUCUGACCGCGCCGCCGUGCCGGCGAAGGUUCUCAUCUUCACUGAUGAUGUCCGUCCUGGUUAUUUCGGCACUUGGACUCGAGAUUCCCGCAUCAUUGGGCCUCGCACUGCGCUGAAACGCGAUGUCGCCAUGUUCGACUACGACUAUGAUAGCGGUGAAGAAUGGGAAGAAGAGCCCGCAGGGGAGGCGGGCGACCUGAUAGACGAUGGGGAAGAAGAGGAUGUUGACGGAGACGACCCUGACUCGGAUGCAGACAGCUGGCUGGUGGAUGACGACCAAGAAUUAUUGGAGUCGCCUGACAAUAACACCAGCAGAGGUGCCUCACCUGUUCCACUACCACCCCUAAAGCGCAAAGCACAACCAGAAGACUCCCAAAUAUCGAAAAAGCGCAAACUUGUUGUUCCUCUGGUUCCCUUCGCUCGUGGGCCUUGUUGGGAAGAAACCAUUGGGAGAUGUGAACACACCUUAUUCAAUCCCUACCGAUUACAGCUACUCAACGAUACACCUAGCGGUAUUGAUCCAUUCACUUUUGUUUCAAGGGUCAGCGAAGGGGCUGGUCGCGGCGCUCACAACAGUACUAAAAUCAACCACAACGACGGCUUUGUCGUACCACUUUUACCAACUCGUUUCUUGGGCCAAGCGGAUCCGCCUAUACCGCAGGUGCCCAAGCGAGUGGGUGCAGCCCCCAAAACAGUCUUCCCAGACGCACACAUGCCCCAUCUGUUGAAAUGUAUCACCAACACUCAAACCGCCAGUCUACCCCUUCUCGUCGAUGUGAUUUACCAGGAUUUACGUGACCACAAGGUGAAGAAGAAUUCGAUCGAGGCAAAGGUCAGGGAGGUCGCCGAGAAAUGUAAGCUCCAGAAGGUGUGGGUGGUUAAGGAGAACUUUCGGGUACUAAUACAGUAG